AUUGAAAAUCUUCGGCGGUCAGAACUUUACAUCGAUCUUCUUGGAUUCGAGGCAGAAAACCCCGUUUUGCUCCCUUGAUAGAAGGGAAGCUUAAACAUGGCAAAUUUUGAUGAUAAUCCAUUCGCUGGGGAUUCAGAAAAUCCCUUUGCUGAUCCCUCAGUGGCUUCUGUUACGAAUAAUGCAGCUCGAGGGCUUGAAGAUUUCAAUCCUUUUGAGGACCAAAACAAAUCUCAAGCUAGCGGCUCAAAGCCAAAGGCGACAACGGCCGCUGCCCCUCCUCCUGCCCCUAAACAGCCUCCCCCCUCGACCUCACAGCCAGCUGUGCUUCAAACUAAAGAGGAACCUCCACCUUAUGUGAUCGAAGAGGAGCAAGAAAAUCUAAGAAGGCGACAAGAGGAUUUAGAACGCAAAGCAGCAGAGCUGCAAAGAAAAGAACAAGAGUUACAACGAAUGCAGUUUGGAGGCUAUAGAGAAAACAAUUUUCCACCUCUGCCUAAAAAAUGUCCCUGCAAGCCAUGUUUCUUCCAUGAUAUCAGCAUUGAUAUUCCUAUCGACUAUCAGAAGACAUGUAAAGCACUGUUCUACAGGUGGCAAGUGUACUGUUUUGUUCUGUUCUUUAACUUCAUUACUGCAUUGGCACUUCUGAGUAAAGGAUCUGGUGCUAGCACAGUGAACGAUGGUUCUACAUUUGGUUUGUCAGGGUUAUACUUAUUCGCUAAUAUUCCCUUGUCUUUCGUUGGCUGGUACAGGCCAUGUUAUCGUGCAUUCAAGAAUGACAGCUCCUUUAGCUACGUCAUAUUCUUCCUCAUCUACUUUCUUCACAUAGGAAUUAAUAUCUUUUACUGUCUGGGUAUCCCUGGUGGAGGAGCCUGUGGCUUUAUCAAUGCUACUGAAGCAGUUCAUAACAGUGUCCCAGUGGGUGCCAUGAUGUUUGUGUCAGGAGGAUUGUUCUUAGCUGGUGUUAUUGUAGAUUGUUUUCUUCUUGUCAGGGUACACUGGAUAUACCGCUUGGCCGGAGCAAGCUUCCAGAAGGCACAAGGCGAGUUUGCAAGGGGUGUGGCAUCAAAUCCACACGUGCAGAGUGCAGCCACUGAAGCGGCAGCCGCUGGAGUUCGUAGUGCCAUGACUGGGGACAACAGGAAGUGAAGAACAUGCCAGAUGAUACACAGAAAGUUAGGAAAUUAAUAAUAUGUGUGUAAAAGGAAAGGCUGCGUACAGAAAGUGUAUCAUGUCCAUGCACUGGUACUCAUCUACAACAUAACUUGUUUGGUGAUAAAGCGGAAAUCAUUACACGCCAUGUUUUCUUAAGGUUCAGAGAGUGAUUAAACAACGUAUCGUGUAAUGCAUUGUAUUGUUAUGGCUGAUGCUUAUUUAUAAUUCUAAAAGAAGUCUGCAGAGAUAGUCAAAAUUGUACAACCCAAGGGUUUCAUUAACGUUUUCAGUAGGUGGCCAACUUGUUUUCAUAGGUGAGCUAAACUUUUUUUUGAGCAGAACUUCUUUUUAAGAAAAACUUUCCUCUAAAUGGUUAAACCAGGCAGGCGAAAUCAUCCUAUCAGCUGGUCAGUUUGCCUGGUGCCUGACCCUUAAUGAAACCCUUGGUAUAACCUUUCUCUCUUUAGGUUGCAUUGUGCAUGUGUAUUACCUCUGUGUUUCCCUUUGGUUUUGAUUUUGGUUAACCAGUAAUACAGGUUUUUGCAAUUUCAAAGUUGUUCUUCGUCAAAAAAGGGCUUGAUAAACAGUUACAUAACUCCUUUAUUGCAGUUUAGGAAUGAUUUUUCCAUCAGACAACAACAGAAGGAUAUGAAGCUCCUCAUAAUUUAUGUGCAGAACUGACUUUGUUGUUGUGUGGAUUGUUAAUCAGAUCUAAGUACAAGCAACUGUUAAUAACUAUUGCAGUGAAGUUUAUAGAUGUAAUAUUAUGAAGUCAACUUUUAUUAAGUUCUUUCUAUGAAGGAUUAAAAAUAAUAGAAGUUCGAGUUUGAUAAUAAUUAUACAGGUUUAUAAAACAUACUUCAAAGGUGUAUCCAAACUAUAGUUCAGCUUUUUUUUUUAAUGUUCUUUAUUGAGAACAUUGCUCAAGAUUGGCAUUUGUUUUUGCUACUUACACUCAGCCUAGUUUAAAAUUAUUGAAACUAGACAUCAUCAAUAGCUUCAGGUCAUUGGAUAAAAAUUGAAACAUGUUUCAGUUUCAAGGCUAGAAAUUGAGCUUCCUCAGUGAUGUACAUAAGACAAAAAAAUGAAACAGUAAUGGUACUUGCAUUCCAUACAAAGACUGGAUGUAGGUCUUCUGAAUCAAGGCAUACAUGUUUAACCAUUCAUAAGUUUAAAACAGGUAUUCAUAAUAUAAUGGUUAAACUUGCAGUCAAUCAUUACCUCGUGUGUUUAUUUUGUUUCGGUUUACUGCAGUCAUAGAAAAGUUCACUCAGUUACCAAACAGAUUCAAUAAUAAAGAAAAACUUUUAAUUCA